GCAAGAACUAAGAAAUGCUGAAACACGACAGUGUUGAAACUCAGUAUUGAGUGCUGUAAUUCCAAGCUGGGUACUACGCAAGAGAGAAACCGAGGUUAAAGAAAUUUCUUGUCAACGCUUGUUUUGAUCUCUACUCAACUGCUCAACGCAACUUGUUUGGUUUAAAGAUCAUCCGGGAGCCUGAGAGAGGGCAAAUGGCGACAAUGAAUGAACAUUUAGGAUGGAAUGAACCUCAGGUUUCUCCUUCAAAUCAACAUGUAGAUCGCCUAAAAUUAUUAUAUCCAAUGGUAGAUGAAAAUGAAACCCCUCUUCCUAGAUCGUGGAGUCCUAAAGAUAAAUUUACUUAUAUUGGUUUGUCUCAAAAUAACUUAAGGGUACAUUACAAAGGAUCUGGAAAGAACCAUAAGGAUGCUGCUAGUGUCCGGGCAACUCAUCCAAUUCCAGCUGCUUGUGGAUUAUAUUAUUUUGAAGUAAAGAUUGUUAGUAAGGGCCGUGAUGGGUAUAUGGGUGUAGGUCUUUCUGCUCAAGGAGUGAAUAUGAAUCGAUUACCAGGUUGGGACAAACAUUCAUAUGGCUAUCAUGGAGACGAUGGGCAUAGUUUUUGUUCUAGUGGUACAGGUCAACCAUAUGGUCCAACAUUUACAACUGGUGAUGUCAUUGGUUGUGGUGUUAAUCUCAUAGAUAAUACUUGUUUUUAUACAAAAAAUGGGCAUCAUCUUGGAGUUGCUUUUUCUGAUCUCCCACCUAAUCUAUAUCCCACUGUUGGCUUGCAAACUCCUGGAGAAGUAGUUGAUGCAAAUUUCGGACAGUCUCCAUUUGUAUUUGAUAUUGAAGAUAUGAUGAAGGAACUAAAAAGACGCACAAGACUCAUAAUUGAAAGAUUUCCUGUGAAUGAUAAGCAGGUUGAGUGGCAGACUACAUUACAUAGGAUUGUUCAAACAUAUCUGGUCCAUCAUGGUUAUUGUUCAUCUGCUGAAGCAUUUGCUCAAAGCACAGGACAAAGUUUUUCAGAAGAUAUACAAUCAAUCAAAAAUAGGCAACAAAUCCAAAAGCUUGUUUUAGCAGGGCGAAUGGGUGAAGCUAUUCAAACUACACAAACUUUAUAUCCUAAUUUGCUGGAACAAAAUCCUAACUUGUUAUUUAUGCUGAAAUGUCGACAGUUCAUAGAAAUGUUGAAUGGAACUGAUAGUGAAGUCCGUCCUAUGAAGAGUCCACGAUCACAAAGUAAUUCACCAAGUAUGAGUCCUAAUUACUCCAAUAUGUAUCAAUAUAGGUCAACUGUUAAUUUAUCUUCUUGUAGUUCUCCAAUGGUGUCUGGCUGUUCCCCAAGUAAAAAUCAUAGUCCUCAUGCUGCAUCAACAUCCCCAUUCAUUUCGCCAAAAUCUACUUCUCUCUCAGUGACUAUCGAAAACAAUAAUGUAAAUAAUAAUCUGACUGUGACCUUAUCUUCCAUUGAGGAACUCAAUACUACAAAUCGUGUGAUGAAUGGUGAGAUGUUAAAUGGCAAUUCAGAUGUUGCAGUGCCCACGAACUUAAUUCACAGUGAUGAUAUAGAAAUGGAAAAUUUAGAUACUGUAAAUGACAAUGCAGAAGGUGCUAGGACUAUGCCUUAUGCAGCAAAUGGAAGUGUGAUCACAUCUACGUAUCAAAACGGAGAUGAUAUAGAAAGUGCCCAUGAUAAAGUUGGAAAUGAAAUGGAUAUCGAUACACCAUCUAAUAAAAAACAAGUUUGUGGUGGCAGUCAAGCAGCAAUAGAAAGAAUGUUGCAGUUUGGAAGAGAACUUCAUGCAAUGAGUGUUGCUUUAAAGAGGGAAUAUGGUUCCAAUAAGGCCAAUAAGAAAAUGUUGCAGGAUGCUUUCAGUCUUCUAGCCUAUGCAGAUCCUUGGAUAAGCCCUGUUGGUUUUCAGUUAGAUCCAGUACAAAGAGAGCCUGUGUGUUCAGCACUCAACAGUGCAAUUUUGGAGUCUCAAAGUUUACCUCGUCAACCACCGUUGGAAGUUGCUAUGGCACACACUCAAGAACUUGUGAGAUUGAUGUCUAAAGCAGGACUGGGUUCAUGUGCAUUUACUAAUCUUGAUAAUCUCCUCCAGUGACUGAUGCUUGGAUUAGAUAACCACCUGAAGUUGGGAAUGAAAGGAAUAGAGAGCAAAUGUUUGGUCAUAGCCUUUUCCAGGCUAUUUUAAACAGAGGACUGUUUUCCUUUGAUUGCACCUGUACUUCAUUUGAAUCUAAUAUUUCUACUCUCAUCUUGGCAACAAGUUUGUAGAGCAAUGUUAUAGCAGCAUUGCUGAUAAUAGCUGUGGUGAUUGAAUACUUUAAGCAGGAUUGGCACAGCCUUGAAUGUCUCAAACCUCAAGAUAGUAUGUAUAAUUAUCUUGAAUUUUGUUGACUGCAGAAAGCUUAAAUGUAUGCUGACACUGGCGUGUAUAUAACUAAGCUAUAUUUUGAGAUGGAUUAUCACACCCAUACUGUUUAAUAGAGUUAUAUGUUUUGCUUUUUGACAUUAUGCAAUUUAAGGAUUCUAUAUAGGCUGUUGUAUCCUGGUUUCAAUAGGAAUGUUUAAAGUUCUUGCAUGUCUUUUAGUUUACGAUACUGUAUGAUUAACAUUACAUUUGAGUCAUUUUACUUUUAUCUUUAUGCAAAUGAUUAUCAACGUUAUAUGAUUUGCGAAGUGAAAUUUUUUUAUAUUUCUUUUUACACUUCUCAGAGAAGAUGCUAAUAGAAAGUUAUUUAAUAAAUUGUAAUGUAAAAAAAAAAAGAAAAAAAUCAUUAAAACUUGAAGGGAUU